AUGCUCGUUGACCUAGGUUCUGAUGUUAGUGUGGUUAAAGCAGAUAAGACUGAUGCUAAACAUCUGGAGUUCUUGACGAAUUUAGGGCGGACGAUGAAGGAAUUUGAGCUUUAUUUGGGUUUUGCGCAAAAAGCUAACAAAACAAAAUAUACAACAGGUGUCGCUUCUGUCCAAGGGGCAGAAAAAUUCACAGAGCCUCAUCUCAAAUCAGAGAAAAUUCGGAGGCAACCCCCCUGGCAUGCGUAUACAACAAAGGAAAUAGAGGAAGAACCGGAAGCUGAACAAGUGAAGACACUGGCAGUGAGACACCCCAAAUCAAAG